UUUUGACUUUUUCUUGGGGGUGUAAUAAUAAUAAACCAAAGUUCUCUUACCAAUAAUUUUUUAACGAGUAAAAUAAAUGUAUAAAAAAAGUACAUUUAUAUAAUUCAUAGAUAUAUUAUAAUGUAUAAAUUUAACAAAUCCAUCAUCCUCAUUUUAAUUUUUUUAUUAUUACAUAUCUUAUUAAUUUCUUCUCAGUCAACGACUAAUGAAUCUCAAAUUAACAAUCGUUCAUGUAAUUUAGAUUCAGAUUGUGUUAAUAAUCCAAAGAAUGAAACAUCAUCUAAUAUAAGAUCUGGUGAUUUUAUGUGUAUAAAUAAUAGUUGUAAAUUUGUCGUCGCUGCUGGUCAAAAUUGUAGAGAUGUAACAGAUUGUGUAGCAUAUCAUUAUUCACAUUUACGUAACAUUUCUUUGGAUUCAGAUAUUUGUAGUCCAAAAAAUUGUAAUUUUGCUUCAAAAUGUGAUAGAGCAUGGGAUCAAAAAGAUAUUUUUUCUAUACCUAAAAUUGAAGAUCAAUCAACUUGUUGUAUUGGACUUGAUGAUGGGAUGGAAUGUGAAAUUGUAGCAAAUGAUGUUGACCCAUGUAAUUCAAAUUGUAAUUAUUAUGAUGAUACUAAUAGUAAAAAGUGUGGUAAUAAAAAUCAAAAGAAUUAUAUUUGGAUUGGGGUUGUAAUAUGUUUAAUAGGAAGUGCAACUUUAAAUAUUGGAUUAAAUGUACAGAAAUAUGCUUUUACUAAACAUCAACGAGAAUUAGAUCGGGAAUGUCAUUCUGCGGCAAAUUACGAUCAGAAUAAACAGCAAAUAGUGACUGAUGAUAAUAAUUCCACACAUAGUAAACAACAUUCUACUCUUUAUAAAAAAUUGGAAAAAUUCAUGUUCUGGAAGCAAAUUAUCGUAUCACCACUUUGGGUAUGUGGUUUUAUAGUUUACGUUAUUGGAAGCUUUCUAUCCUUCGUCGCGCUGAAAUUUGCUCCACAAUCGCUCAUCGCUCCACUUGGUGUUGUAUCUUUGGUUGUUAAUUUAUUAAUCGCUCCAAUACUCCACAAUCAAAGAUUAACAAUGUUGGAUAGUAUUGGAGUUAUAAUCAUCAUAAUCGGUAGUGUCAUUAUCACAAUAUUUUCUGGAGUUGUUAUACAAGAUUAUGAAUUAUGUGUUCUUAUUGAAUUAUUUAAACGACCCCAAACGAUAAUUUAUCUUACUGUUAUUGGUGUUUUCAUUUUUUCUUUAUAUACUUUUAUACGCAUUGUUGAAAAGAAUGCAAUUCAAAAAGAUAAAGAUGCAAUUGCUAAAGCAAAUGCUGUUGUUGCUGAACUUAGUGCAACUGAAAACACUCCAAUUCCUACUAUUCAUAAUCUAUUUAAUUAUAGAUUAUCUAUAAGUAUUGAUGAAAAUAAUAAAACUUUAACGGAAGAUAUUAAUCGCACUUUAUCAUCAACAAUUGAUGAAACGAAAAAAACAAGAAGUGAUGUCGCGCAUAAUAAUAAGGAUGAUAGUAUAUUAACUGAAGAAGAAAUAAAACCCUUUCCUCGAAGUUCAAUCGAUACGAUACGUUCAACGAGAUCUGUUGUCAGACAACGUAAUAUUAAAGAGAAAGUUCUUUUGCCACUUGCUUAUGCUAUAUUGGCAUCUAGUAUGGCUACAAUAACUACGCUUUUUGCAAAGUCACUUAUUAAUUUAUUGAAUGUCUCAUUUACACAAAACGAUAAUCAAUUUAAAGAUUUAUUAUCGUGGGCGAUAUUAUUUAUUACUAUUUUAACAGCAAUUGGUCAAGUAUAUUGGAUUAAUAUGGGAUUAAAAAAGUAUGAUGCAUUAUUACAAGUACCAAUAUUUUAUUGUAAUUGGAGCUUAUUUGAUAUUAUAGGAGGUGGUAUAUAUUACGAUGAAUUUCGUAAUUUUAAAACCAUUACAUAUGUAGGAUUUAUAAUAGGAGUUGUUCUUAUAUUUUUUGGUGUAUCAUUAUUAAGUAAAAGGUUGUCUAAACUGACUAAAGAAGAAGAAGAAUUAAAAGAAAUGCAGAAGAAUUGGGAACAAGAAAUGAAAAAGUUAAAGAUGAGUAAAAGUGGAAAAAAGUAAUAAUGAAUUAAUAUAUUUAAAUAUUUAUAAUAUUUAUGUAUAAAUUUCUUUGUAAUAUUAUCAAUGUGCAAAAGUAAUAAAUAUUAUAUAUGUAUAUAUAUACAUAUUUUUUUUUUUAUUAUUAAA